ACCUGAGUGCCAACAAAAGCAAAAUGAGAAGGGACACGCCAAUCACGGAACCGGUGCCCGUCGAACGGCUCAACUGGCUGAUCCACAUGCAGCACGUACGCGGCGAGAUCAAUUCGUGCAAGGAGCUGAUCAAGGCGGAGGUCAAGAGCAACGCACCGAAAAAUGAGUACGCUUAUUUCAAGCAGGGCACGAUCCUGCGACAGGAGGGCAAAGUGCAGGAGGCCUUGGACUCCUUUCAAGUUUGUCUCAAGCUCAAUCCGGAGAAUGUGGACAACAUCAAGGAAGUCGCCAAAUGUUUAUAUGAAAUGCGGAGAUUCAGGUUAUCGUUGGAGGCGUAUUUGGAAGCUGAGAGGAUUGCAAAAAGUAGAGACUGGCAAAUAUAUUAUUACAUAGGCCAAUGCUACUUAAAACUAGGAGACUCAGCAAAGGCCAAGGAAAAUGCAGAAAAGGCAGUAAACCUGGGAAAACAAGAAACAUCUUAUGCACUUCUAGUUAAAAUAUUGUUGGCGGAAGGCGACCUCAAGACUGCCGUUGACGUUACAAAUGCUGCUGUAGAGUCCUGUCCGGACAGUGUGGGAAUGCUUACCGAAUCAGGCGUGUUGUAUUUGCGUACGGGUCAAAUACAAAACGCAUUCGAACGUCUCAGUUCGGCGUUGGCGCUGGAUCCCACUUGCUCCCGGGCCUUGCUCGGGAUCGGUUAUAUCACACAGCGGCACGAAGAGUACGACGUGGCGCUGACCAAAUAUAAAAUAGCCGUGGCCUGCGAUCCCGAUUCGGUGGCACUCUGGAACAAUAUCGGCAUUUGUUUUUACUCCAAACAGAAAUACGUUGCGGCGAUCAGCUGUUUGAAACGCGCCCUGUGGAUAUCGCCGUUGAAUUGGCGGGUGCUCUUCAAUCUGGGACUGGUUUAUCUCGCCACCCAACAGCCGACGUCCGCCUUCAAUUUCGUUUGUGCCGCCGUCAACCUGCGUCCGGACGUCGCGGACUCCUUCGCCGUUUUGGGUUGUUCGCUUAUCGAGUUGCAGGAUACGGAGAACGCGGCGUUGGCCUUCAGGCAGGCGAUCGCCUUGGCCCCGGAGUGCGGGUCGGUUCUUGUGAACGGGGCCGCCUGUUUGGCGGCGGCCGGCCACGACGACGAGGCCGCCGACCUGCUGCUUCGAUACGGAGCGCUCGUGGACUCCGGACCUGACGUACCACAACAGAUAAGAGAUUUGGCGGAGAGAUUGUUCAAUCAUCUGAAAGAGCGGCGCACAGACGACGUCACAAAGACGGAAUCAAACGUCGCAGAGGACGCAUCCCAACUGAAUGACGCAGAAAGGGGAAACCCUGAAAAUGAUGUGCAGGAAGAGAAUGUGAAGCGGGAUCUCGAAGACGAUGAAGUUUGAAGAUUAAAGUUUUCUAGGCAAUAUUAAACGUGGAACUUAGAAUGUUCUAACUUUAAACGUUACAUAGGUACGAGUACAAUGGAUUGAAUUGGAAGCCUACCUACCUACAUCUUGAAAUCCCUUAAUGCUCUUCGUUAACUUAUAUAUAUUGUUACAUUAAAUUUCUUCGUUUAACAUGUUUAAAAAUAUAAUAAUAAUAAAAAAUAGUUUUAUUCA